AUGUUUAAGAAAGAUCCACAACCCAAACCGUCAUCAAACAUCAAGUCUUCCGAAAGACGCGGCCUACUAGCAACAGUCUGCAAGGAAUAUGGCAUCAAUAAAGAAGAAUUGCCUAAAGAGACAGAGCUUAAGAUCGUCCCUGCAACGAUCAAGCAGGCGAGCUACCAGAGCGUUCAGGGCCACAAGGGCACAAUAUACUUCGACACAGAAGAAAAACCAGUUUGGUUCAAAACAAGAGACUCUCCAUUGUACCCCACAAUUUAUACUAUGUGGCAAGUCGGUGGCAUUCUACCAAUCAUCCUCACUAAUAACCAUGUCAUCGAGAAGUUAACCACCAAUGCCAAUCUCAUGUUACCGGGAAGCAUUCCUCCAUUUGAUCUGAGAGCAACAAGAGGCGCCUUAGUCGGAAUUGCUAGCUACCAGACUCCCACUGUGGUGAAGGCAAUUGGUCAUUGCUCUCUCAACCUCACCCAGUUUGACAAUGUGCAAGGUCGUCAAGGCACUGCAGUGACGGUGAUUCACGUUAUCGAAGAUGAGCUUUUCAAGCUAUACGACAAUGAUGUGGAGGUACCUACUUCAGUGGAACCUUAUUCUCCUUCUGCGUUCGACAGUCUAAACAAAACUCUCAAAGCUUUGUAUGGCGAGGACGACGAUGACAGCGAUGGUGUUGACGAUGGAGAGAUUGACGAAGAAGAUCACAGCAAUAACGGCGAAUCCACAGAAGUGCCAAACGAUGAUACCUCCAAGGAAGAGAGUGGCGAUAGUAACGAUGCCGCAAUUGAUGAGAUAUCUGAAACAGUCGAGGAGCUUCUGAUCGAAGACAUCGACAACUUUUUUAACCGUGCUUUCCUUCAACUGGUGAAGCUUAAUCCUUCAAUUGAGCUCCCGAUAUCCGCUUCGCAAUUCAUGGGACAGUAUGUGCUCAAAAAUUUACCCAAGAUGGACUCAAAAUAUUGUAAUGUCAAGAGGACAUCUUGGAAAAAAAGUGCCAAGUUUCUAAAGGCCUUGGAGAAGCAGAAGUACGUACAGCUUAAGGGCAAGGGCGAUGACGUUAGCGUAGUCAGCAUCACAGUCCCCCCUGAAACGCUUGCUAACUUCGUGACUCACCGUACCAACGACUCUUCCAAAGGAUCUGGUACUACUCCAAGCAAGAAAGAUCUCGAUAAGAAGCUUUCCAUCGUUUCACUUUACAAACCUACCAGCAAAACUAGAAUGGUGUACAAUAAGCUUGACAAGGACUUUCAGAGCUUGUACACCCAAGUUGAGCUCAAAGGUAUCGUUAAUGACUAUAUUAACGCAGCAGGAUUGGUCGACAAACUGAAACCCAAGUUUGUUGGAAUUGAUGAGCAUCUCAAGUCUGCAACUGGAAUAAAGGAGGAAAAGGUCACUAGAGACAAGAUCAUCAAUCCUUUCACUGCAAAUCAUUCACCACAUUAUGUCAUUCUUAAGCCAGGUGAGGUCAAUUACACACCAAAACAAGUCCACAAGGGCACUCCCCCCAAGAUAAAAAUCUUGACACAUACAGUUUUGGGCAGGAAAAAGGUGACGACUGUGGUCGACUUUGAGAAGUUCUUCAUUAAACCCGCCACCUUAGCAGAGGAUCUCAAGAAUAAAUGCUCAGGGUCGACUUCAGUUGGACCUUGCGUCCACAAUCCUAAUUUGACGGAGGUGAUGGUCCAGGGGCCUCACGGUACAACUAUCAUUGAGUAUCUUAAAAGUAAAGGAGUUCCCAUCUCGUUUAUAGACUUUGAAGAUAAGAGCAAAGGGAGGAAGAGAAAGUGA